AUAACCUCACAAUCGUGAUGUAGGUAAAUUAUAUGAUAUAGGUAAUAGCAUAGCACGGUUGUUGAAGGCACCUUAAUCUUCAAGAAAAACACAAGUAUAUUAGGACCAGCGUACUUACGAUUUAAAAAUUUCUGCAUUUACUACACCACUGAGAACGAGAACAGUUUCCAAAACAGUUUAACAAACAAAACGAAAUCACCUGUCUUAUACAUUUAUCUAUCGAUAUAGGUACAUACACGAAUAUGUAAAAGAUUUAUGUAUUUUCAGUUCAUUCAGUUGCCCAAUGCUCCGUCGGUUGUCAGAGUUGCCGUGGGACAUCCGUAAAUAUUGGACCUAUACGUAGAACGAACGUGCCAACAGAUCCGUGAUAUAAUUUAAUUCAAGUAAUCUUUAAAUAAGAAACUCUUUUAUCGUUCCAUAAAAUAGCAUUGAGCUAUGAAUAUAUGUGAGGAACAUCUUGACAUUACGAUAGAUGAAAAUGAAAUUAUUGUUGGUGCGAAAGAUAUUAUAAAGAAAAUUAGACCGUCCUGGCCUUUACAACAACUGCAUUUCAAGAUAUUCACUGAUGGAAGAACAAAUAAGUUGGUAGGAGUAUGGUACUCGGGACAUUAUACAGAUAUGGUCCUGAUUAGAAUUUAUGGCAACAAUUCAGCGUUACUGAUCGACCGAAAAAGCGAAAUAAAUAAUAUCCGGAUAUUGAACAAGGCUGGCUAUACUCAUUGCAUUUAUGCUACAUUUAACAAUGGAUUUGCCUAUGAAUUUUUGGAGGGUGAAACUCUGACCACUGAAACAGUCAGGAAUCCAAAAGUAUACCCAUUAAUUGCGAAACGUAUGGCUGAAAUGCACACUCUCAAAUUUGAAUUUAUUAACUAUAUUAACUAUAUUAUUAACUAUAUUUAUUAACUAUAUAUAAAAGCACACGUAUACAGGGUGAAUUUUAAUGGAUGUCCCAUUCACAAUUGUCAUCUGCCAAUUUGUCUCAAUUUUCUUUCUAUAUAUAUAAAAAAAUUUUCCAUUUUGUAACGAAGACGUAAAGUUUAACAAUUAUUCUAUAUAAGAAGUGCUCUUUAUCAAAAAAAGGAUGCUCGAUGAAGUAUUGAUGGUAAAAGGAUGGGACAUCCAUUAAAAUUCACCCUGUAUAUGUAUAUAAUAAAAAGUUAUAGAUAUUA